AUGGAGACGAUCAUCCCGGUGAUGGCGCCCACGGGCUGCCUGCCGAGACCCUCGGUCACCACGGGGUCCAGGUGCGACGGCCAGUUCACGCAGGCCAGCUUCACCCGGUGCCCGGCCGGGUCCACGAUCCACCGCGACGACGUCGACAGCGUCACGGCCGCCGCGGGCUCGCCGUGCCCGGCGAGGACGACGGCGAGCAAAAGGCACAGACCGGCGCGGAGGGUGGACGACACCAGCCACAUGGCGUGCGUGCGGUGCGGGGCGGCGCGGCGCGGCGCGGCGGGGGAAUCUCUGUUUGCUACGGCGUCCAGGACCGAAUUUGGCAUCCCGCCCAACUCUCGCGCCAAAAAGGCCGAACAAGCCCAGUUCCCGCCGCCCAGCCCAACAAAUAACCCCACCCAAACAAAUUGGCCAGCACCGCGCCGCAGGCCCGGUCGGCCUCGGCCAGCGGCAGCGCCGCCAGCGACACCGCGCGUCCGCGCCACCCGCUGCUCAGCUGCUGCCAGCCCCUCGCCGUCCAGCGACGGCUCGAGCGGUCCGGCUGGUGGAAGAAGCUUCUGCGCCCGCCCGGUGGACGUCGGGGACGAGGCAGCCUCCAGCUCCGUCGCUGCGGGCUCUGACCUCUCUGCGCCUUGCCUCUCCGUCCGCAUACGAUGCUGCAGGCAUGACAUGGCACCCUCCAUCGCCGGGCUGUCACAGUGUCACCGCGCCAUGGUUAGGAUAGAAGAACGAGACCCCAAUGCCAUUGGUGGGCAAGGCAGAACGGCUGUGAUGGAGCGUCAACAUUGCAGCAAGGGGAAGGGAAAGGUACUUGGUGAUGACGGUGGCAGCUACUCCGGUGGCGCCACCGAUGUUAUGAGGAGUAAAACAGGAACUGAGGUGCAUCUACGACGACCAACUAGGGAGCCUUCGAGCCAUGGAGAUAAGUGGAAAAACAAUGGAUUCAUUUGUGCUUAAUGCUUGAUUAGAAGGAAAAGUGGAGGUGUGAUCCAUCUGCGGAAUCAUCUGGCAGGAGUGGUGGGGGAUGUGGUGUCAUGCCAAAAUGCGCCAAAGUUUGUGAGGAACAUAAUGUCGGGAGAGAAUACAAGAUGGAAAAAGAAUAGGAUGGAUGCUAAGGAGCAUCGUCUCUAUGUGGAAAAGGCAAUUAUGGAGGAAGCAUAUGGAGAUGCUAGAAGGUCUAACAUUCCUCAUGAUGAAGAUGGGCAGCUUGAAUAGGCAAUAAUAGAAACAAUGAGGGAUAUAAGGAGGUCAGAUGUUAGCUAUUGACCAUUGUGUGGGGCAAGCGACAAUAGCUCGCCAACACCCCACCUCUAGGGAGAGCAAGUGGCUCAGGUAGUCAGACUGUAAUUAGUAGGUUCUACUAGAAUCCUAGUGUUUCACAAGCUCCAUUUCAUUUAGAUUUGGCACGUAGUAAGGCACAGUCGUAGCCUCGGUGAACAUUAUGCUGCAGGUGGAUUCCAAAGUGAGACUUGAAAAAAUUGGUUGAAGUGAA